GGGAGAGAAUCCCCAAGCAGACUCCCUGUGGAGUGGGGAGCCCAACACAGGGCUCCAUCCCAGGACCUUGAGCCGAAAUCAAAAGUUGGUCAUUCAACCCACUGAGCCACCCAGGUACCUCUCAACUGCCUCUUCUGAUUGGUAUUCUCACCAACUCCAUUUCUUUUUUUUUUUUUUUAAGAUUUUAUUUAUUUGAGAGAGAGAGAAUGAGAGAGAACACAUGAGAGGGGAUAGGGUCAGAGGGCAAAGCAGACUCCCCGCCGAGCAGGGAGCCCGAUGCGGGACUCGAUCCAGGGACUCCAGGAUCACGACCUGAGCCGAAGGCAGUCUCCCAACCAACUGAGCCACCCAGGCGCCCUCACCAACUCCAUUAUAAAGAUGAGGAAACUCAUUCACUCUUGGUCUGCUGGUUCCAAAACACUGACUCUACUAGUAGCCAUUGCUGCUUUUGAUCUUGCCUCUCCACCCACUAGGGCCUGACAUUCCACUCCCACUCCUCCUAUUGCAUGUUGCUGAAUGCAUUUGAGAUCCAGCUGCUUCCUAAAACGUUAACCUUGGAGCUGGCCUAUCGAUUCUUGGAAGACGAUACAUGGCAAAGCCUUAGCAGGCAGGUGUCUGGUCGACCAGUGCACUUACCUUAAAUCUGGCACAUUUUGUGUUUUCAGGCCUUGAAAAUACACUUCUUACAAGUUUCAUGCUAAUUACCCUCAAGAGCUGACACAUAGCCAGAAAAACAGCCUCAGCAAAAACUUUCUCAAUCUUACCACCAGGAAGCACUUGUAUUUUGCUGACCACAAUCUUAGAGAAACUUCCAGCCGGUCACAUGAGCAAGUCUGCUCUCACACCAAUAUGGCAAAUCUGGUUUCUGUCCAAUCGUGCUGAUGCCACAGAUCCUUUUUUGAGACCGUGCCUGCCCCAUUGCCUCAGGUGCAAGUUCAAGGUUGGAGAGACAAGCGGAGGGAUGAGCACAAAACUUUCACCUUCCCACUUUCUCCUUAUCAGCCUAUGCAAUGUAAUUUCCCUCAAAGAAAGGGAAUAAAACUCCCAACAUCUCAGAAGCCCAUUGUCUUCUCUUAACUUCUCUUAGAGAAACAUUUCUCUCACCUCAUUCUUGUCUCUGUCUUCGGAAGGUAGUUCUGCUUGGCUGAGGCUGUCUUGUGGAUUCACUGCCCAGGCCCCCUCUCCCUCUGCAUCCAGAGUCUGCACAUUAGAAGGCAGGGGAGGGGAGGCUGAGUAUAGUAGUUAAGGGUGCAGACUCAGGCUGCCUGGGAUCAAACCCAGCUCUGACACGUUUGCAUUUAAACUUUGGCGCUCAGCCCCCUCUCUGCCUUGACUUCCUCAUCUGUAAAAUGGGGGACGAUAACGGCCUUCUGCCUUACAGUGCUGAAGAUCAAGUGAGGUAAUGUAUAUCAAGCAUACAGCACUGGUCAAUGGGCACUAGCCAUUAUCAUCUAGUGGGCAUGAGAGCAGGGACCCCCCCCCCUUUUUUUUUUAUCACAUUGUAUCCCUAGUAGCUACCAUAAUGCUUGGCACAUGGUAAGCACCCAUCCUGAAAUAUUUGAUCGACAUUAAGCGACUGUGUGAGGACCUUGAGUGACAUGAGUCCUUGCUGGGAUCCUCCUUCCCUGCCUGGAGUCUGUGUUGAAAGGAGAGCCCUACCACGUUGGUCACAGUGUGAUUCCUGGAGCCAGGUGGGUAGAAGGGUGUCGAUCUGAGUAAUAUGUGCACCAUCAGUGGCAAGAGGAAGGGAAGCCUUUGUGUAACAUAAGGGAGAGAAGUCAUUUCAUUGGGGCUCCCGCAGCAUUGUUAUUUUGACUUUCAUUUAUUUACACGGAUUCUCUGAUGACUGCACAUGAAUAGAUACUGCCAAGUCAGAGUCUCUGACCUCUGUGGUGGAGGCUAACUUGCACAAACCCUCGUGGACGUACCCUGGGGAAUGAGACUACUUUGCGGAAUCCUUUGGCAGCAGCUCUGGACAAAGGAUUCUUUCUUGUUCCAAGCUGUGGCAUGUGACUGUGGGUUCGGAGCUGGAAAGGGAGAAUCAGAUGAAAUAGUACAUGGUGAAUGAACCAGUCAUUUUAAUUAUUAAACAUUGUUUAUUGCAGCUUUUGUUGGUUUAAGACCAUGAAAGUCCAAAAACCCAGCAUGAUUGGGACCUUAACUCUGUAUGAUUCUCAGACUUGUCCAGACAUUUGGACAGUAUUCUACGGAUAAUGUGUAAUUAUUUUCCUUUCAGACUUCUGAGGUAUCGUCCGGGUUUUGUGCUUCUAUCUAUCUCUUGGCCACUCUUGCUUUUGCUUAGACUUUGAAGCCUUUGUCAAUUACAGGUGAGCCAGUGAAAGCAGAAACCGUUGGUGUAAAGGCAUAAAACCCCAUCACACAGUGUUUGGCCUCCGAAAGGCUCUGAGGGAAGAAAGGUGAAUUGAUCAGCACAGACUCCCUGCUGGAGUCUGUUAAAGAGGGUAUCGCCGAAACUCAUGAAUGCUGCUACAAAUGAGCUGAUGUGCCCGGAUACACUCACUCCUCGGAUCCUACUGAAAUCCACCCUGACAAUCUGUUUCUGCAGCUGGCGAUGGCGACAUAAAUGCUGGCUAUCAGGCUUUUCCAGAUUGCUUUCAAUACUCCAAAUGCCAAACCGUCAGAGUUUUAAAAAUUACUUACGAUUCGCCAAAUACCACACCAUCAGGGCAUGGAGACUAGGAGAAUGCCAGUUAUAAGAUAUUUUUGCAUGUGCUUUUUUUUUUUUUUGCCUUGUGGUUUUCGGUGGGUAUACUGGUGGUCUUAUUUGUGUGUGUGAGAGAGAGAAAUUGUGCUAGAGGAGAAGUGGACACAGCCUUAACCAUGGCAUCACCUAGAGGCUCGAAACCCUGAGACUGUAAGGUUGUGUUUGGAGUGGUUCCACAGCAUCACCUUUGGGUAGCGGGCCAGCUUUCCAGUUACACUGGUAGUUGUGUGGGUGAUUGGUGGGGGCAACUUCGGAGCCCUCGCUUAAGAAAAGUAUAAACCCUGGCAGGACAGAUUUUGUUUCACUCAGAUAUGUAACUACAAUGAUAAUGCAGGCUGUGUUUUCAUAGGAAUAAACACUGGAUAAAUUAGGAUUCGAUUUGGCUGUGUGAGACCCAAACCCCAGCAUACCAGUACCUUGCACAAGAUGGAGGUGUAUUUCUCUCUUACAUAAACAAAAGGAGGACGUGGGCAGUGCAGAAUGUAUAGUAGCUCCAUGAGGUCAUUGGGAAUCUCUUUCCGGUUCAAGGCUCUACCAUCCCCAAGGUUGGCCUGUGUCUUCAUGGUUCAAGUUGGUGGCUAGAGAGUCAGCCGUCAUAUUGAAAUGGAGGAAGGAGAAGAAAGUGUUCCCUGUCUCCUGAAUGCACCGCCACCCCUCCCAAUGCUCGAAUGAGAAGACCAAGGGCUUGCUGAGCAUCUCCCACUCCCUCGUGAGUUCCCAGGUUCUGGAGAACAGAAGACUGAAGUUAUACCUCCACUUCUGCAAGAGGCCUGGAGGGAAAUUUGUUUGUUUGUGAGUUCACCAUUCCCGGCUUCUGAGGACACAGACCUGGGCAUGGCCAGUCUGGAAGUGAAGAAUCAAGAGACCAGUGGGGUUCCCACCAAAAAAAGUAUGCAAACAAUUCAGCUGGGAGCACAACCGCAGAAGAUUACUCAGAGUAUUAAUUAGAGUUUCUACAGCUGUCCUCAAACUCAACAGACUCAACACAACUGCACCACUUCGGAGGAGGACUUCAACUACGCCAUGUUGGCCUCACGAGAGGGAGGAAGGCGCCACAUGCCCCAGACUGCAGGCAGUCUCUAAAAGCUGGAGAAGAAAAGGAAAAGGAGCCUUUUCUGGGGCCUCCAAAGAGAAACACAGUCCUGCCAACACCUUCCUUUUUGCCCCGUGAGACCAAUAUUGGACCCCUGAACCACAGAACUGUAAGGAAUGCAUCAAGCAAGCGGACACUUUUUUCCUCAUCUAGGGAACCAACCGAACGUCAUAGCUGACAGACUAGCUGCAGAGGUGAAGCAAUGAACAGUGGCAGCAGGCAAUCUAUCGUAUGGAGAAAAGAGAUGCCUUGGACGUAAUUUAUCUGAACUGAUUUUUACAACCCAUCAAAAUCAUUAGCUGUGACCCUACCUUUCCCCUUUCAGAAAACGAUACUCUCAAAUUUUCAGCGGUAAGCAGAUGUGAAUUAUUAAAAAGAAAAUGGCCCAACGGAGCACUGCAUUUCCUUCUCUCGUCACCGAGGAAAGGCGAGUUAGAACCAUGCCCCGACACAACCAGUCCCUGACCAUGGCACCCUACUCAUCUGUAAGCCUCGUGGAACAACUGGAAGAUAGGAUCCUCUGUCACGAGAAGACAACGGCUGCCCUCGUGGAGCACGCCUUCCGGAUUAAGGACGACAUCGUCAGCAGUUUGCAGAAAAUGCAGAACAAAGGGGGCGGUGACCGCUUGGCCAGGCUUUUCUUGGAGGAGCACAUCAGAAACAUAACUGCCAUCGUGAAGCAACUCAAUCGGGAUAUUGAGGUACUCCAGGAGCAGAUCCGGGCCCGGGACAACAUCAGCUACGGAACGAAUUCUGCCUUAAAGACUCUGGAGAUGCGUCAGCUCUCCGGUUUGGGAGACCUUCGGGGAAGAGUGGCAAGAUGUGACGCCAGCAUAGCCAGACUCUCUGCAGAGCACAAAACAACUUACGAGGGGCUCCAGCACUUGAACAAAGAACAGCAAGCUGCCAAACUUAUCUUGGAAACAAAAAUCAAAGAUGCAGAGGGACAGAUUUCUCAGCUUUUGAACAGAGUGGACUUGUCGAUAUCAGAGCAAAGCACCAAAUUGAAGAUGUCCCACAGAGACAGUAACCACCAGCUUCAACUUUUGGAUACAAAAUUUAAAGGUACGAUUGAGGAACUCAGUAAUGAGAUUUUAUCUGCACGGAAUUGGUUGCAACAGGAACAAGAACGGAUAGAGAAAGAACUUUUACAGAAAAUCGAUCAGCUUUCCUUGGUUGUUAAGGAAAACAGUGGAGCCAGUGAAAGGGACAUGGAGAAGAAGCUCAGCCAGAUGUCAGCCAGACUUGACAAAAUAGAAGAGAGUCAGAAGAAGAAUAUGGAAGUGCAGAGAACAAAACAAGAAGAGGAGAAAGUGCAUGGGCGCAUCAGCAAGUUGGAGUUACAGAUGAAUGAGGACAUGAAGGAAAUGAAAGCAGAAGUUGACGCUGGAUUUACAGCCAUCUAUGAAAGCAUAGGAUCCCUCAGGCAAGUUCUUGAAGCCAAGAUGAAGCUGGACAAGGACCAGCUGCAAAAGCAAAUCCAGCAGAUGCAGAAGCCAGAGGCUCCCAUGUGAAGGGAGCUGGGACAAGGACCUCACAAGUGGUUUUGCCAGUGGGCCGAGAGCUGGAUACCUCCUUAGCUAGGCUGUCACCGCAUUCAGGAGUGUUCUCUUCAUGGCGUGCAUGUGCCAAGCAAUGUGUUUUCAUGGGUCUGAAUGUUUACCUUGAGUCUCAAAAACACUUUCUUUAAAAGUAUUAAGUACAAUUUUUACCACUCUAUUCCAUUUCUCUAAAUUCGAUGGAAUAUCCUCCCUGCCCCUAGAUUUGGAAAAGCUUUUAUCCCCUUCAUUUUAUGAAUGAAAAGACUUAACGACUUUCCUUCAAUGCUUGACGCUCUAGCCAAGACUUUACUAUUUUGAAAAAUGUCAUGGUGAUUUUUUUUUUUAAUUAAGAAACUAAUGAAUUGUCACAGGAAUGUGUUGCUCCUCACCCUAAAUUAAGAGAAUGUCCUGGUAGAUUAGAAUUCAACCUUUUAGUCCAUAUUUGGAUUUUAUUAUUGUUAUCUGUGCAUUUCUUAUAUGGUUAUCUUGUAAAUCUUCUGUCUUUUGUAGGGAGAAGGGAUUUAACUUUUGGAAAA